GGGGUAGAAUUAUUAAUUAAAACAGCCAUGCGUGCCACUUUUACCCGUAAAACAAGACGCCGGUUAAACUUAUUUUAUAUCAGACGAAAACGAGCGUAUAAAAGACGCGACCCGCAUGUUUUAAGUAGGAUAACAUGUUGACUUUAUUCCUGUUAACCUGCGGCGCUCUGCUAGUUGUUGGCCAAGAUGAUACACAGGGAAGUGUCCAUAGUGGAUGUAAUGAGACGAUAUCAGAAGGCCAGGGCGUGAUCACCUCGUCCAACUUUCCAGAACUCUACAGUCCGAACACUAACUGCUAUUGGCAGAUAAGGGUCGAACCAGACAGAACAGCCGUUGUUGAGUUCACAUAUUUUAACGUGGAGAACAGCGCAAACUGCGGUUACGACAGCGUACAAGUCUAUAAUGGCCCUACAGUUACCCACCCGAAGCUGGGAACUUUUUGCGGCCCGUUUCGUCCGAACCGAGUGUUGUCCACAUCCAAUCAAAUACUUCUGACGUUCAAAAGCGAUGAGAGCACGCAGAAAACUGGAUUCGUGGCUUUGUUUUAUUCAAUACAGCUACAAAGAGCGGAACCAAACUCUUGCGGCGGAUUGCUCACAGAAGACGAGGGCGGCUUCCACAGCGUCAACUUUCCUAAGUCUAAUUACCCAAACGGUAUGACAUGCGUAUGGCAUAUACGGACUUCACCGGAUCGAAGAGUCGUCCUACGUUUCGGUAAAAUGACGUUGGAAAGUUCAGAGAACUGUAGGUUCGACGCUGUGACUGUGGUUGGGGGAUCAACCGAUGCUGACGGUUCCAGAUUCCUCGGGAGAUUCUGUCAGCGGUCGGCAAUUCCUGACGACAUUGAGUCGCCUGGCAACGAGAUGUACGUCACGUUCUCUAGCGACUCCAGUGGCAAUGAGAUUGGGUUUGACGCCACGUAUGCAACUAAAGUAGCUGGCGGUAGAAGCGUCACCCCGGUCACUACUGCGAGGCCUAUAGUAGAAGAGAGAGUAUGUCCCGACCUUCAAACCUUAACCUCGCCCGGCUCCAUCACCAGUCCAGGAUAUAAAACAGUGGGGGGUUACCCUAACCUGAUAAACUGCGGUUGGAGAAUCGUCGCGCCGCGUGGGCAUCGAAUUCGGCUUCGUAUUGUUAACUUCGAAUUGGAGGCAGACAAGACGGGCGAUUGUCUGUACGACUAUGUCGUCAUACACGACGGACGUGAAUUAACUUCGAAUCUUCUGAUGAACAAAACGUGUGGAAGCAUACCAAGCAGGUAUGUGACGUCAUCAGGCAACGAAAUGUCAAUCAGAAUGGUAACCGAUGGAAGUGGGAACGCGGACGGUUUUAGAUUCACUUACCAAUUUGUAUCUCCAAUCACCACUACAACGGAGAGAACGACAACAACAAUAACAACAACAACAAUAGCACCAACAACAACGACUGCGGCUGCUGCAACCACACCGUCGUCAUCUUCCGUUUGCACGUCAGACUGUAUACAUAACGAUGAUCUUGCUACCUCUAUUUGCUCGCUAUCACACGCGCUCCUACUGAAAGUUGUGCGCAUCCGAAAUCGACCGGAUGGUGGCGUGAGAGUGCUGACUGUCGUCGUGAAGUCGUUUAAGUCAGGAUCGCUAACAGUUCGAACCAACAAAAAAGCAAAACUUUGGCUCGAAGUUCCAUGCCCAGAUUGCUUCGUUCCACUGACCAAAAAAUCGAGAUACCUAGUUAUGGGCUCCAUGGCGACAUCCAGAGGAGCCCAACUCAAUGAAGGCGAUUUCGUUGCGAAGCUGAAACGAAACUUGCUUCGUACAGCAAAGAAAUCGUUACGUAGAUGUCGCAGGGUGAGACGACAUGGUAGAAAGAAGAGAAAGAACAGAAGAGGAAAACGUGCCCGACGUCCAUCCGUUUAGGUGACCGCCUGUUGAACCAUUUACUUUGUGGGGAUUGUACUCAAUAAAAAU